AUGAAACCGAGAGCGAAUGUGGCCGCGGGGUCCUGGGACGGGGCUCACUGCUCGGGGCUGCCAGGGAUGUGGGAUGCUGCCCCGCGGGCCGUGCGUGCAACGCGUAACCCCCUCCCCGUUGUCCGCCGCUCCGCCGGCUCCUCCCUCCGGGGCGCCGCGGGACUGCUCCCGGUCGCACGUGGCGCGGCGGCUGCCCGCCCCCCCGGCCCACGUGUGCCGCCGCGCCGUGCACUGCCGUGCCGGCUCCCCGCUGCAGUCCCGGUGCGGCGGGCAGGCGCUGAGGUGCCGGCGCUGCGGUGCCGGCGCAACGGCAUGGCGGCUGCGGCGGGCCCGGGGCGCGGUGGCAGCGGCGGCAGCGGCGGCUGGGGCCGAAGCCGGGGCGCCGUGCUGCUUCUCUUCUUUUCGCUGUCACCGCGGCCGCCGGCCGGGGCCGCCUGGCUGCUGGGGUUGCGGCCCGAGGACACGGCGCCGGGCCGGGUAUCCCUAGAAGGCGGUGCGGUGCAAGCGGCCGAGGGGAGCCGUUUCCUCCUGCGCCUCUACUUCCAGCCGCCGCCUGAAGGCAACGGCAGCCGCGGGCCGGCGGGCGAGCGGGAGCCGCGGCUGGUCUUCAUCGAGGAGGCGGCUCCGGCGACCGCGGGGGGUGGCAAGACGGCGCGAGGCCCGGCGGAGCGGUGCCGGGAGCGCAGCGCCUGGGCCUCGGACGUGGAGGUCGUGGGGCCGCUGCGCUCGGGUGGGGCAGCGGGCUCGGCGCUGGCUGAGGUGCGGGUGCGGGAGCCGCGCAAGGGAGAGACGGCAGCGGCGCCGGGCGGGCGGCUCUUCUCCCUGUGCGCCUGGGACGGGCGGGCCUGGGCGCACCACGGGGCUGCGGGCGGCUUCCUGCUGCGGGUCCGGCCGGCGGCCCCGGCGCUGGGCACCUGGCUGCUGCCACUGCCCGAGGCGAGCUGGCUGCGGGCGCUGGGCGCCCUGCUGCUGCUGGGGCUGUCGGCGCUGUUCAGCGGGCUGCGUCUCUCGCUGCUCUCGCUGGACCCGCUGGAGCUUCGCGUUCUGCGCAACAGCGGCUCGGCCGCCGAGCGGGAGCAGGCGCGGAGGGUGCAGGCGGUGCGCGGUGGCGGCGGUACCUACCUGCUCUGCACGCUGUUGCUGGGGCAGGCCGGGGCCAACGCGGCGCUGGCCGGCUGGCUGUGCGCUUCGCUGCCUGGCGGCGGGGUGGCGGCGGCCGGCGGGCCGCGGGGAGCGCCGUGGUUGCCGGUGCUACUGUGCACCGCCGCCGUCUUUUUGGGUGGAGAGGUGCUGCCCUACUCGGUCUGCUCGCGGCACGGGCUGGCCAUCGCCUCCCGCACCCUGUGCCUCACCCGGCUGUUGAUGCUGGCCGCCUUCCCGCUCUGCUAUCCGCUCAGCCGGCUGCUGGACUGGGCACUGCGGCAGGAGCUCAGCGUCUUCUCCACGCGGGAGCGGCUGCUGGAGACGCUGCGCGCUGCUGGGCCCCACGGCGACCUGGUGCGGGAGGAGCUGGCCAUGGUGCAGGGAGCGCUGGAACUGCGCACCAAGGUAGUGGAGGACGUGCUGACGCCGCUGGCUGACUGUUUCAUGCUUCGCGCCGAUGCUGUGCUGGACUUUGCCACUGUCUCCGAGAUCCUCCGCUCCGGCUACACGCGCAUCCCCGUCUACGAGGGUGACCGGCGCGACAAUAUUGUCGACCUACUUUUCGUCAAGGACCUGGCCUUCGUCGACCCUGAUGACUGCACUCCCCUGCAGACUGUCACCCGUUUCUACCGCCGCCCGCUCCACUGCGUCUUCAAUGACACGCGCCUUGACACACUGCUUGAGGAGUUCAAGAAGGGAAAGUCCCACCUGGCCAUUGUCCAGCGGGUGAACAACGAAGGGGAAGGAGACCCAUUCUACGAGGUGAUGGGCAUUGUCACUCUGGAGGAUGUCAUUGAGGAGAUCAUCAAGUCCGAGAUCCUGGAUGAGACGGAUCUGUACACAGACAAUCGGAAGAAGGAGCGGGUGCCCCACCGGGGACGCAAACCUCAGGACUUCUCCAUCUUCAGGCUUUCAGACAGUGAGAUGAAGGUGAAGAUCUCCCCACAGCUCCUCCUGGCUACACAUCGGUUCAUGGCAACAGAAGUGGAACCUUUCAAGUCCCCCUACCUCUCUGAGAAGAUUCUGCUGCGGCUCUUAAAACACCCCAACGUUAUCCAGGAGCUCAAGUACGACCGAAAAAACAAGAAGGCAGCGGAGCAUUACCUCUACCAGCGCAAUCGCCCUGUAGACUACUUCGUCCUCAUCCUGCAGGGAAAAGUGGAGGUGGAGGUUGGCAAGGAAGGGCUGCGUUUUGAGAAUGGAGCAUUCACUUACUAUGGCAUCCCUGCCAUCAUGGCUGUUGUCUCCUCAGAUAAUGAUGUGCGGAAAAUGGGCAGUCUCACCGGAUCCUCCUUCCUGUUGCCUGUCUCAGUGUCCCGUACCUUUGCCUUCAGUAGAGGGGACUCCCUGGCUGGCUCUCCAGUGAACAGGUCUCCAUCAAGGUGCAGUGGUCUCAACCGCUCCGAGUCCCCCAACCGGGAGCACAAUGACUAUGGGGGCAGCACCACACAGCUCCACAGUGGCAGCAACAACAUCUACACACCUGACUACUCUGUGCACAUCCUCUGUGAUGUGCAGUUUGUCAAGGUCACCCGGCAGCAGUACCACAACGCACUGGUGGCCAGUCGCAUGGACAGCUCACCUCAGUCUCCUGACAUGGAGGCCUUUGACAGGGAUUCAACAAAGGCCUCAUCAGCACGGGGAACUCCACAGACACCCAAGGAGGACCCCACCACCCUCCUGAAUGAGAGGAACAGCAGCCACUCUGAGGGGCUGCACAGUCCCAGUGAUUCGGUGUUCCUGCACAUGGAGGGCAUCCCCUUCAUCCAGGAGGAGCUGGCUGACAGUGAGGAGAACAGCAAACGGCAGAACAGUGAGUGCGGCAACACCGUCCUGGAGGCUGAGUCCCCAGGUAGAGAGGCUGGGAACAGCUCAUCACCGAGCAGCCCUGAGGAGAUGCUGGGCAGGAGACUGCUGAGAUCCCUCAGUGGGCACAAGCAGCAGCCAUCACUGGAGGGUGAGAAGAUGCCCGAGGAGAGCUCCAGUCUUGCCCAGAUAAUCACCUGA